UUUAGAAUACAAACAACGUAAAAUUUAAAUUAAGAAUGAUACGAUUGAAACUAAUUUUUUACUGGUUUUUGGCCUUACAAAUUAUCUGGAUAGUAAGUGGUGAAGAAUUUGGAACAAUAGCGGGUAAAUGGAGAAUAAAAUAUGGCAUACAGGAUGAGAUGCCAGCAUUACAUGUGGCCACAAAUAGUGUGGCAAAUUUGCCUUUACAAAUUUACGAUAUUGAACGGAAUACCCAACCAUCAAACGAUAUUUAUUAUGAAUUUGUAAUUGAAAAUACCAAAUUAGCAACGGUGGAGGAGAAACGUUUAAAUUUGAGUGAUAUUGUAGGCUCUACCUGGGAAGGCGUGCUGCACGUUAAAGGUCUUUACUUAGGUUACACACAUUUAUAUAUAACUUUAAAUGAUCCUCAGACAGCUAGAAUGGAAAAGAGUGAAGAAAUGCUAGAGGUAAGAGUACUGCGCAAUAAACGUAUAGAUGACAAAAUUUUCACAUACACCGCUGCAGCUAUAAUGCUUUUAAUGUUUAUAAAUCUCGGCACUGUGUUGGAUCUAAAACGUGUUGGCUCGAUUUUUCUAAGACCUAUAGGUCCUUUAUUGGGUUUUUGUUCCCGCUAUAUUGUAAUGCCGGGUUUGGCUAUUGGUUUGGGUGUUUUAAUGUUUAAAACUAAUACAAAUUUACAAUUGGCCUUACUUUUUACGGCCAUAGCACCCAGUGGCGGUAUCGCUAAUAUUUGUAAUGUUUUUUUGAAGGGAAAUAUUAAUCUUUCCUUGGCUACCACCACUUUAAAUAGUGUCUUGGCUUUGGGUAUGCUACCUUUGUGGAUUUUUCUAAUGGGUCCUGUUCUUUAUCAUGAUUCUAAGUUGAAUUUACCCUUUGUGAACUUGGCAGUUGGUUGUGUUGGUCUUUUAUUGGCCUUAUUAGUGGGAGUUAUAUUACGUACUUUUAUACCCAAAACUACACGAUUUAUAUUUCGUUUUUUGAAACCCGUUUCGGUGUUAUUGAGUUUGUGUUUGGUCGCCGUAACAGUGGGCAUAAAUGCCUUUGCCUUUAAGGAAAUUACCUUGAUGAUCUUCUUAGCUGCUUUAUUUUUACCCGUUAUAGGUUAUAUAAUUUCAUUUGUUUUAUCAAAAAUUCUAUGCCGCUCUAUAACAGAUGCCAUGACUAUUGCCGUCGAGACUAGUGUUCUAAAUAUGUCUUUACCUAUUGUUUUAUUGGAAUAUACAGUUACCCAACCUAUGGCUGAUAUGUUAAUAGUUGUGCCUAUUUUAUCGGCCUUGUUAUCAUUAUGUUUAAUUGUUAUUUUCUAUAUUGUUCGAAGAAUAUUUGGUUGGAAUACAAAACGAGAUCUCGAUGCUUUCGACGAAGAAACUUUUUUAGUUGAAUAGAUAUAAAAUUGAUAUUACUAGAUAUAAGUUUAUUGUAAAUUUAAAGUAAUAUUGUAUUAGUUUUAAGUUUAAUUAAAAAAAUAAUUGUAAAAAACAAGACUACAGAUAGAGAAAUAAUCGAAACUUUGGCAACAAGAUCAAGAAGAAGGCCGAAGUUCUGUUUCAUUGAUGAUCGAAAGAAAAACUAUUUGAAAUUAUUAUAAUUCAUAUUAACAUUCGUUCCACUGUGAUUUUUAUCAGUAUGUAAUUAAUUAUAUCUUUUAUUGUCGGUAUUAAGGAAUUAAGAUAAAAAUUCAUAAAAAUCAGUUGACAGAAAAACUGAAGAAAUGUAAAUGGAAAGAUUAACUCCAUUAUUAUUUAAACAGUAAUGAACAAUAUGUAAUUGCUAAAUUGUUUUGUCAUCAUUAAACCUUAAUUUUUUUUUCUAGAGUGGGCUUGAGAUUCCAGAUUUUCUUAUUUUUUUAAAUUUACUUCUAUAUAUACAUUAUUUUUUCAAAAACUUUUUCAAUAACCCUUUAAAUAAUGUCUUAAAUUGAUUUGUAAAAUUUAAUUCUUAAAUUAUUUUCAGUUAAUUUUUUGAGGGUUGUAAAACUACAACAUAUUACUCAUAUAACAUACAUGUGUAUAUGUAUGUAAUUUAGCACUGUGUAUAGCAAAUUUGAGAGUGUUUUUACCUGAAAUAUAAAUAUAUGUAUAUUUUAAUUAAUUAAUUAAAACUUUGUUGGUGUACAAAGUUUAUAAACUCCAAAGUGUGUUGUAGUUAAAAUAUUUUGUAUACUAGUCAUCACUUAAUUGUUUUAACAAAUGUUCUAGCGCUUAGAAAUAAUUCUUGACUACACAUUUGUUUUGUAUACAAUUCAAUAUUAUACCUACAUAUGUAUAAAAACACUAAUUUACAAAUUCAUAUUUAAAAAAAAAGCUUUUAAUUGACUAGAAAAAAGUAUCAAAAGCAGAUACAAUUAAGCGUUUACAACUGAAGAGUGCGUAUGAAAUUAAUAGUGCACAUUUUUAGAUUUACAAUUUGUAUCUAUUAUUCAGAUAAACAUGGAUUUGUUAAAUGAGGUUUAAGUGUUGGAAUUUGAAAAAAUCUCUUUUUCAAAUUAAAAAAUAUGAAAAGAAAAUGUUAGCAUAUACUAAAUAAUAAAAUGUUUAAUGU